AUGCUCGCCACGCCCCGCUCCAUGGACUCGGAAUUCAGCUUGGCACCGAUAUCGCCUCUCCAGGCUUGUGUUGGCCUGCAAGACGACACGGAGUGGACGGCAGGUGAUUUUGAAGUCAUCACCUCCGACGGCGUCCGGUUCCGCGUGCCGUCGUACUACCUUCUCGCCGCGUCCACCCUCUUCCAUCCGCACACCGCCGCCGCCGCCUACUCCAUAACAUUCCAACACGGGACGGAAACAGGCCCGAUCUUCCGCCUCGUUCUCUACCUGCUGACUAAAGGUCGCUUGGGCUCCGGCGAGCAGUGGCACGUCCGGAACCUCCAAGCCCUCGCCUCCUUCCUGCACCGGUGGCAGAUGGAGGCUGCACUUGCGAAUUUCACCACCCACUUCGAAGCGCGCGUCCGCAACCGCGACCAGGCGGUGCUCGGCCUCCCUGGCUUCCUGGUCGGCGCGUACGCAGACAGCGUCGAAGCGUGCGUCGCGACGCUGCGUAUCCCCUCGGUCGAGUGGGGCGGAGGGCGCCGGCAAGACGACGGUGGGAAUAUGAACGGCAACGGCAUCAACGCGAACGGAAACGGGAAUGGCCGUGGCAGUGGCAUAGCAGGCCGCCCGUAUACCGAGUGGCCACGAGAGGACCGCGAGCGGCGCGGCAAGCGCGCCAUCAUUGACAACACGCACCUGCUCGUCGGCGCGCGCGGGCGGCCCACGUUCGACCCCGCGUCCUGGCCCCUCGAGACGUUUACGGCCGGCCACCCGCCCGCGUAUCUCUUCGCGCUGGCGCGCGCAUGGGGGUCUGCAGGCGCCGACGACGCCGCGCGCCUCCCCACCGAGUUUGUGGCGUUCUUGCAGGCCGCCAAGGCUGCUGGGGCGUAG